UAAAUUUUUAAGUCAUUCAACGUUGAACGGCGCCCAAGCAUAAAAAUACUCAAAAUGAAACAUAGUCUUAUCCCAAUUUUUAUCGUUUUGAUUGGUGAAAUCUAUUGCAUCGAUUAUUGUGAUCAAAGCCUCUGUCCUGCGGGUAAACAUAUUGCAUGUGAACAUAAUGGAAACUUUGCUCCCAGCUGUCCCAAAGAUGCGGUCUUGAUGGAUCUAACUAACCCUUUAAAGACCUCCAUAGUAAAUGGCUUCAAUGAAAAGCGCAAUUUUAUAGCAGGUGGUGGCCAUCACAAUCAUAGACCAGCCUGCCGUAUGGCCACCAUGCAAUGGGAUGAUGAAUUGGCUCAACUGGCCGAAUUGAAUGUCAAGCAGUGUGAAAUGAAACGGGAAGCCUGUCACAAUACACAAGCAUAUCGCAAUUCUGGACAAAAUUUAGCCUGGUUGACCUAUAAGAAUAAACCAGAUUUUGUGGAACUCAUUGAACAUUCCCUGCAAAUAUGGUACGAUGAAGUUAACCAAUGUAAAAUGGGCUACAUACGGAAGUAUCCUCAACAUCACACCGGAGCGGUAAUAGGUCAUUUCACCGCCAUGGUAACGGAUCGCAAUACUCGUGUGGGAUGUGCUGCCUCCACUUAUUCAGUUUCUGGCGAAGAUUACAAGGUAUGUUUGAUGGCCUGCAAUUUUGCCCACAACAAUGUAAUGGAUGAAGCCGUCUACGAAGAUUGUCCCAAAGCUGCAAUGAACUGUACAACGGGAAGAAAUUUAAAAUAUCCCAACUUAUGUUCAAAUUCGGAAAUAUAUAAUGUCUAUUAAUUAAGCAACUUAAAGCGGA